GUAACAUUUUAUUUAACAUUAAUUUAUAAUAAUAUAAUCUUACUAAUUAACAAAAUAAUUAAUAUAUUAUUUAAUAACAAAUGAUCCUAUUAGAUAUUUUCUCAAUAGAUUUGGUCAGAACUAAAAAUAAAAAUUUAAAUUAUAAUAAAAAUUUACUUAUUAUUAAUAUAUUAUUGAUUACUAAAAUUUUAUAGAAAUUUUAUAUAUAUGACUUAUUAAUGUAAAUAAUUAAAUAUUUCAUAUUAUAUAAUGAGAAGGUCAUAUUAUGACUUGUCAACAGUAGAUGAAAAAUAUGACUCUAAAUUAAUAGAAUAGAUAUAGAGUGUAGCUAUAAAAUUUGAAAAAUAGAAUAUAAUCUUUUUUAUAUAAUAACAUUUUAUUUAAUAUUAAUUUAUAAUGAUAUAAUAUUACUAAUUACCAAAUUAAUUAAUAUAUUAUUUAAUAAAAAUAUGAUCCUAACAUAUAUUUUCUCAAUAUAUUUUGUUAGAACUAAAAAUAAAUUUUAAAUUAUUGUUAAAAUUGAUUUAUUAUUAACAUCUUUAUUUAUUAUUCAAGUUUUAUAGAAAUGUUAUAUAUUUUACUUAAUAAUGUAAAUAAUUAAGUAUUUUAUAUUAUGUAAUUAGAUGGUCCUAUUAUGACUUGUCAACGGUAAAUAAAAAAUAAGACUGUAAAUUAAUAGAAUAGAUGUUGUCGUUUUUUUGUUCUGAAGAAGAAAUGUAUAUUUUUAGUUAAAGACGAUGAUAGAUAUUUAAAUAGUUUAUGAAAAUUUUGGAACUGUCAGUGGCAAAAAAGAACAGAUACAGAUCAUUUGCUUGACUAGAGAUUGUAUUAUCUUUCUCAUUUUGACACAUUCUAUAUACUUUACGUUUAUUGUUAGAUAAUACGCAGAAUUCGUUGAAUUUGAUAUUUCUUUCCAAAUCUUAAUACAGUGAUAAAAUCAUAAUUUGUUAAUUAUGUGAUAUCUUUGAAGGAAAUCGUGUAUAAAUAUUGACGCUUUUCUCUGUCACUUAAGUUAUCUAGUUUACAUCUCAUUUUCAGUGAUUAACCAAACACUUUAAGCUAUAAUAUUUUCGUUAUGAUGUCCAAAAUGUUAGUGGCAUUUGUGUUCACUUGUCUAUUUUAUGUUGGUUCUGCUCAACAAUUAACAGUUUCAGCACUUUUCGCUUUUGGAGACUCAAUAUUAGAUACUGGCAACAAUAAUCUUCUUGCAACUCUUACCAAGGUCAAUUUUUUUCCAUACGGCAGAGAUUUAGGUGGACUACCUACCGGGAGAUUUGGAAACGGGAGAGUUGUUUCAGAUAUGAUUGCCGAAGGGUUGGGAUUGAAGAAUCUCUUACCAGCAUAUCGCAAUCCAGCCCUCUCGAGCAACGAUCUAGUGACUGGUGUGUGUUUUGCAUCUGGUGGAUCUGGACUUGAUUCUAUCACUGCUAUGAUGCAGGGGGUUAUAUGGGUGCAAGAUCAAGUGAGAGAUUUCCAAAACUACAUCACUAGACUAAACGGUGUAGUAGGAAGUCAAGAGAAAACAAAUGAAAUUAUAUCAAAUGCGGUUUAUUUAAUCUCAGCGGGGAAUAAUGAUAUUGCUAUCACAUAUUUCACUACGGUAACUAGAAGGCUACAAUACACUCUUCCAGCAUACACUGAUCUCCUAGUCACUUGGACUCGUGAUCUAAUAAAGAGUCUAUACGAUAUGGGUGCAAGAAAAUUUGCGGUUAUGGGAACACUACCGCUAGGUUGCUUACCGGGAGCAAGAAGCUCGAUUGCAAACUUAUUCAAAGUAUGUGAAGUGUUUUCAAAUCAAGCAGCUGCUAUGUUUAACCAGAAAUUAUCUGCUGAACUUGACAAUCUUGGCGCAGCAUUUCCGGGUGCCAAAUUCAUGUACAUAGAUAUGUACAAUCCUCUUAUGGGUCUCAUCAACAACCCUCAAGCUUCAGGGUUCAUUGAUGCAGCUGAUGGAUGUUGUUGUACACCAAUGUCUAUAAUGCCGUGCUUAGACGCGUCGAGUUAUGUGUUUUGGGAUAUUGCCCAUCCGACCCAGAAGUCAUACCAAACGAUCACACCAAAUAUUAUUCAAGAUAUUAAAGCAAAGCUCGCAUGAUCAAUUUCUCAAACUUUUUAGUUUGUUUUGAGUAAUACUUCAUGUUCUGUUAUUCUGUUUAACGAAAUAAUAUCUAUCAGUUGUCUCAAUCUCCAUAAUUAUUUUUCAGCGUAAUACACAUUUUGAAUGUUAAUGUUGAGUGUAGUGUUUUAUAUUAGGGUUCAGAUCUCAUUUACGGGCCUUGGAGCUUUCUGAUAAUGCUUGCUAGUAUCCUCCUGAAGAUAUAUCAACUAACAUAAAACGGUGGAUUUAACAAAUUAAAAAAGUUACUUUUGUUAUGACUUUUUGAAGUUUGAGCAUAACUUUUCCAAAAUAUUUCAUAAUUAGUAGUAAGAUUUAUGCUAUUGUCAUUUUCUAUUCGAGUUAAUCGAUACGCCUGCUUUUUUCAGAGGGCCUUCAAAGUUCAAACUUCAAACCACCGUAUUCAGGAAGCAUCUUUCAUGUCGAUUUUUGAUAAUACUGACAUUUUAGUUAUCUUUUUCUUACAGCUUUUGUUAUUUUGUAAAAACUCUAGAUUUAAAUCUCACUGGUCCGUAGCUGGAUUCCUUUGCCUGUCACAUGAAUCCAAAACCUCACGUGAACCUUAGUUUUAAACUAGUCCUAAUUUCAAUAAAUCUAGUGGCGAUAUUUAAAUAUAUUUUUUAGUUUUAACGUCUUCUUUUUGUAGAUUUGAAGUUUUAACAUACCCAUAGGGACGCAAAUUAAAAUCGUAAACUAAAUUAAAAUUUGAAAUUAGUAACUGCGUAAAAGUGU